GCUUAUUGCAGAGAAGGAUAUGGUUCUUAUCUUCCUAUCCUGAAGUGGAGCUGGAAACUGUGGCAGUAAAUGUAACCAUCCAGGACUUUGUGACCGAUGUGGUGUCUGAGCUGUAUUUCCGCAAUGUGCAGCAAGUCUCUAAGGAGACUGUGUUCAUCUUUCCUGUGGACUCUGACACUGUUGUACACACCUUCUACACUACGAUGGGGGACACUUCUAUUAAAGCAAUGCUCUGGGAGAAGGAGGAGGUCCAGCAGCUGUGCAAAGCCACUUCAGGCAUGGAGAAUUUAAGAUACCUGCAGGAUCAGUGGGAUCUCUGGGGUCCUGUGUUCGCUUGUUUCUUGGAGACCCUGCCUCCUGACUGGGAAGUGGCCAUCAGCUUGUGCUAUGUCCAGGAGCUACGACUGCAGCCUGAUAAAGCUGCCCAGUUUUGCUGGCCACGUGAGCUGUUUCCCCAAAGAAAAUACACUAACUGGAUCUCUUCUGAGGAGAUGUCUGAGAACCUGCACUUCAGCAUCUGUCUGAAGUCAGUUUGUGGUGUGUCCCAUAUAGCCACUAACAGCAGCCAUACGCCUCUGCAAUAUACGGCUCCAGAUCAGACAUCUGCUCAGGUCUCCUUUAAAUUGCCACCCUGGUUGCAGAACAAUCUGAACUUGCUGGUGUAUUACAGAGGGUCUCACGUUCUCAGUGCUGUAGCGGAGAGGAGAGAUCCCAAAGCACCAUCUGGCUUUCUGCUGGGAGACCCUGUGGUAAUGGUGACGCUGAUGCCCAGCAUUUCAGAGGUGGUGCCAAGUUCAGGCCAGCUUGGGGAAUUCCUCUUUCUCAUGGACCAUAGCCUUUUCCAGGAUGCACAGAAUACACUGCUCUUCCUCCUCAAGAGUUUGCCUCUGGGCUGUUACUUCAACAUCUACAGUUUUGGGCCCACUUUCAAAGCCUUCUAUCCGCAGAGUGUGGAAUAUGCUCAGGAAAGCAUGGACAAUGCAGGCCUCCUAAAGUCUAUCUACAGCACUCCUCUCCUUUGUGGGCAGACUCGCCAGCCUUUCUUCUUCAUCCAAAUCUCCAGUGAAGAGGAAGCUGUCAUGGCUGAGGUCUACCGUUACCGUGACCAGCACUGGUGUUUCUGUUUUCCUACUAACAGAUGUGACAGCUUCAACCUUUCCCAGGCCAUGGCCCUGGAGACCAAAGGUGUGUGCAUCUCUAAGAUGGACAUGACAUCUGAGGCAGUGAAACGCCUGCAGCGGGCUCUGCAGCCUCUGGCAAGUGGGAUCUUACUACAUUGGGGCCUUCCACCUGGCCUGGAGGUGUCAAUGAUCAGAAAAGCUCCUGAGAUGAUCUUCCAGGGACAUCAGAGCUCCAUCUGUGCCCAAAUCCAUGGGCAAGCACAGGAUCCAGAGGUGGGUGAGGGAGCCGUGACCCUUCAGUACCGUGUGGGUAGCCAGUUCUUUGAAUACAGAUUCUCACUGUCCCCAUCAUCAGAUGACAGACUGGCUGUGCACUGCGUGGCCAUGAUGCACCUGCUGUGGAAACUGGCCUGGGAGGGGACAAGCAAGGCAGAGAAGGACAUCCGGCACAGCGCAGUUAAGUCCAGCCUCAGCCUGGGGGUCCUGUCUCCCUUCACAUCCUGUGUGGCAGUAUGCAUGAAACAGAGGGAUGCCUGGCACUGUGGUAAGACCAGAAGUGUCUCCUCCAGGUUGUUCUCUCCCUCUUGCAACCUUGCUCCCUGCCAGCUGCUCUGGCUGCAUGGCUUCAGGCCUCUGCAGUUCAAGUCUACCAAGUUUUUGAUGCUCCAGAAGUGCCAGUUCUGCCUUGAAACACUUGGUCGCAAGGACAUUGACACUGAGGCUCUCACCCAGCUUUCGGCAUCCUGUAAAGAGCAGGAACCUCCUCCUGAAGAGCAGAUGAUGGAAGAACUGCUGGCAUUUAACAUCAGUUGGGACUGGACAGUUUCACCACUGUCAACAAGACUGUGUGACUUCUCUGGGCUCAGAGUAGUGGUGACACUCCAGAAAGCAGAUGGGUCCUGGGCCCUCACUGCAGCCCUGGUUUCUGCCUUGGGGCUCAGCAAGGCUGAUGCUGAGGAACAAAGCCUGGAUGUGCAGCCAACUGCCUGGGCCACAGUUUUGGCCUUAGUCUGGUUGCACCAGUAUAAAUGGAAAGCAUCUUGA